UUCUCGUGAGAGGUGUGUCGAUCGCGUUCGCGCUCGGUAUUUCCCCCGUAUAUCAACCACGUAUAUUGAAAUCUUCAUGUGAAUUCCUCCUUUUGAGAAUGAACGAAAAAUUCCUUCUCAUUGAAUAAUAAAGUCGUGAUUUGCAUUUCAUUUUUAACUUCAAAAUAAAAAUUAUUUUUUCCCUUUUGUUGUUGUUUUUGCAUUUAUUUAAUAGGUUAUCAGUGCUAACUAUUGCUUUGAAAUUGAUUGUUGAAUUUUUUUUUUGUAUUUGUGAGUUUUGAGUUUCGUGACCCAGAGAGAAAGGGUUUGAACACUUUUGGAAUGUGGAAAAUCCCUUGACCGGGAUUACUCAACGGCACGUGACUUGAGAGUAGCCACCAUUACAUGGAUACUGAAUCAAUCAAAAACUUCGUCACCCAAAGACAACCGCCCUCCAAGUGAAUUAAGUGCAUUGUGAAGUCGACAAAUCAGUGACAAUCCCUCGAGAGUUUUCUCUCCGUCAAAACAUGUGAAAAACAAAAUCCAAGGAAUGAAGGGGUUCAAAGUGAUUGGUGUGACCGAGAAUUGAACCAAUGAAUUCAAUCAUUGAGCAAUGGCUGAUUCGGAUGAAGCAGUGAGGAGAAUUCUCCGGCACCUACUGACAAAUUUAACCAGUGGAAUAAUUACAACCGAAACAGCACAGCAUUUGAGCCAGGGCGCUCGUAUUUACCAGGGUAACCUGGUACCAGUGCCAUCACCAUCACCACCCACCAUGGUAGCCGGUGCGAUUAGCGAUAGCGUGACAAUUCCAACUAAUCCGUCCAUGGCACUAACCAGUCCCGCGGUUACGAGCACAGCUAAGCCGGACCAACAUGUCUAUAAUUCCACGGGUUACCUGGUUGAACAGGACGAGCUUGAAUACAGUAUUCUUGCUGCAUUCUCGGACAUGCAGACGGUAUUCCUGGCAUGUUUUGCCACCCUGGUUCCCCUCAUCGUUGCUGUUGCAAUUGUAUUUGGCGUCAGACACGCGUGGAGAAAAUACAGACACAGAAGAAACGGAAGUGAUCUUCCCUGGUACAGAGGCGUAUGCUCCCGAGGUGAUACACCAGACUCCCUCCACCAUCGUCCACACUCUGGCAGCAUAACAAUUCAACCAGCGACCAGAAUUCUCUCAGCUCAAGACCUUGUGAAUGGACUUGACGGACCGAGGUAUAUCUGUGAAACGGAAGUAAUGGAUGAAGUGGCACUGGCAGCGAGUAACCAUGAGUACGCUUCGCCUGGUAACCACACAAGCAAAAACGCCAACGGCAACAUUAUCACCCUCACACUCAAGAAUAACCACCUCAUUGUCGAGACUGAGGAACGAGCUGUUACGAUGGAGGAUAACUCGUUUGUCGUUGAGGUACAGCCCAAGUAUAUAAGGGACGAGGUUGAGCUACAUACUGGAUCCACUGAUGAUGUUACUAGUGGGGUCACUGAUCAACAGGCGCUCGUUCAUCGCGAAGAAAUCCCGGAGGAUCGUUCGUCUGAAUUCGGGACCAAAUUAUUUGGCAGCACAAAUACCGGGCUUUCGCAAUCCGACCUAUCAAUCUCCAGUCAGGGCUCCCUGAACCGUGGAUACAGAUAUGGAAACCAAGUUGAGUAUGAAUCCGGACAGUUUGGUCACACACUCUACGGGAAUAACUACCAGACAGACGUUCCACCGCAUAAGCCUGACGGCUGCAAGUGGGUGGAGUUCGAUAAAUCACCUGACACCGAGAAAACUUUGCUCAACGAUACCAAAACCUCCAGCUUCGACAAAGAACCAGACUACGAUAAACGCAACAACAUUGACACUUCAUUAGACUCAGGCUCAUCCUUGGAACAUCAGGAUUCAACAGACGCCAGCAACUCAACUGACACAGUAAGGUCGAAUCCAAAUCUCCAAGUGAAUGGUGCAACCCCAAACAAGUUGGAAGGUAUGGAGCGGAAGGGUCUGAUUAACGAUUACAAGUUGGAUUCUAGCAAGCCAGUGAUAACAGGGGCACUUCUGAAGGACGAGGGAAUAGACGAGAACUGCCAUGACAACAAGAGAAAACUGGGUAAUGGUACAUUGUCACCGGAGCACAGAAACUCAAAGUCACGUGAGCAAAAGCCUGAGGGCAGUGUCUUUGUUCCAUGCCACAAGAGAACAAGUAGUAUCCCACCUCGGCUCAUCGAGGAUGGUCUUGAAAUUGAUCGCAAGAAGGGUAUCGACAUUUACAGUCAAAUUAAAACCAGCAUUUUGCCUGGUUUAAGCCCAAAGUUUGAGAUUCUACAGAAUGAUGUGAGUCCAAUUGACGAGAAGGAGAGUUAAUAGAGUACAAAGAUGAGUAUUAGAGGGUAAAGAAUGAGGGAUCUCAUUCGGAUGUCAAUGAGAUGGAGAAACGUCGGGGUUUACAAAUUGGCAAAAUCUUGAAAAAGCACUCGGCUUGAGGUAGACGUUGUUACCCCGACAAUAUACCACUGAUGACCAUGAGCGUCUGGUUUUCUUGUCACCGGUUUUUGGGCCCUUCAAACUACUGAAUCCCAACCAGUGACAUUUCGCGGUGAGAAUUAAAUGGGAAGAGGGGAGACACAUAUGUGCAGGAACAAUUGGAGACUAACGAACUCGAGGCUACGUGGCUAUAGCAUUAAUUCUCCUGCAUCCACGCAUUUUGACUGAAUAAAUCGAUGAGGACGAUGAGAACUGAAAUUCAUCAAACACAAUUCACCAUAAGAAAAUGUACAAUUUUUUUCCACUGUGGAAUCAUUUCUCCAUUUACACGAGAUUGAAGAUAAAAAAAAAAUAACUGAGCACGAUCGUGUCGAUUCAGAGAGGAAAGGAAUUUGUAUCGUGCCUAUUUCCGUUUGCAGGUGAAGUUGAAGAAGGGGAGGAACUUUUCAAUUUCCCUGCUGAGUGUCUGCACAGACACUGGAGGUCGAUAUUUGCACAGGAGAAGUGCUCAUUUCAACUUUUAUGCUUCUCUUUUGUGAGUGCAUUGGAACUUGGUGUGAUUAUUCUGGAGAAUUUUCUCUUCUGAAUGGAGAGGUUGGAGAUGAUGAAGAGACUUGGAACUCUUGUGGUUGAUAUUGGCAACGAAAUUGUGGGUAUUUUGAGUAGAGUGUCUCAGCGAAGAAGAAAUUAUAAGUGAAGUGAUCAAUUAAUGAGAAGGACUGGACCAAUGAGGCUUCAAGAUUAUUAGUUACCUCAGCCAGAUUCUUCUUUGAUACUUAAUAAGUACUCGACUGUGAAGGGUCUUUUUCAUUCUUUGGUUUGAGAGGUUUUACUACUUCGUAUUUCUAGGAUAGAAUCAUCUGAAUACAGAGUUUUUAAUAUGGAGCUUAUGGGUCACGGUUUACAGUACCAGUUCCGCGGACAUUUUGUGGAAUGACGUAAUGAUAGAUAAAUUGAAUGUUUGCUGCUCGAUUUUAAUAUUUAUAUCUCUGUUCUCGAGUUAUAACUGUGUUAUGGAAAAUUCAAAUUUUAUACGCUUACGUUGUAUGUUAACUAAUGAUUGUCGUUGUUAAUAAUCAAAUUGUGUGUGUGAUAAUAUCAAUGUUUGGCCCCAUUGAAAUAUCAUAGGAGAAUUUAUCCCUUUGGCUUCACGGAGUCUUUUGAGUUUCAUUUUUGUGAAUGAUGAUGAAAAAUCGAAUCCCUAGAAGUGAAUAGAAAAUCCCCAACAACUACCGAAAUCAUAAUUUUUGUUGCCAGCUGAAAAUUUUUACAGUUGAGAUUCAAUGUGACACUGUAAAUUUUUUAGGGGAUUACCUGCACUCGUUUUGGAUGUAAGAGCUAGGAGACAAUUGGCAUCACUUGAAUGGUAAAUUAUUGUAAUCAUUAGGAGUAAUUAGAGCUGAAGUAUAAUGCAUUUAAAAUAGAUUUUAUAUAAAAAAACAACAAAUCAUUGAAUGUCUCAUGUUAAGUCUCACAACUAUUGUAAUCUUUAAUCGACUGUUUAUGCCAGUAAAGAAUCAAAAUCGUCAAAAAUUAAAGAGAUUUUUAUUGAAAUAAUUAAUUGCUGAUUUAUUUUAAUUACCAGCGGCUGUAUUUAUCCAUUCAUCCGUGAGUUAAUUAAUAGAGUAAAAGAUUUUAUCGAGAGGAUUAUCAAUUUUUCUCUCUUUUGUGUUGAUAAAUUCAUUGUAAUUAAUCAUUCUACAGUUGAGCAGUAAGACUUGAUAAGUCAAAUGUAACAUGUUCGUUAAUUGCGCAUUUAUCGUGACAAUGAGUCAUUCUCGAAGUAAAAUCAUUCACUCAUCACCGAACUAAUGUCAGUAAACUAGAUGUAAAAAUAAACUCGUUGAUUUUCAUCACUUCACUGCAGAAUAGGGAACUUGCAUAUUUGAAAAAAAAAAAAAUUCCUCAAAUAUAUGCCUCCAAGAACUCAUAUUUGAUAAGGAAACACACGGAAAAUAGUUUAACAAUUAUUUAUUUCCUUUUAAAAAUGGCAUUUUUUUAACGUUCUAAAAAAACCUGUGACGUCAACGCACCGGAGGCCGAAAUUUUCGCCUGUGGCGCCGUCAAGCGGUUUAGUACAACUGCUGAAAUCUAGGAAAACACUCUAUACAUGUAUUUGACUCCAAAAUGUCAGGAAAAGCGGAUCGAGUGAUGAAAGAUCCUUAUAAAUAUUGUUUUGUACCAGGAUGUAAAAAUACAACAGUGAAAAUUACACAACCACGACUUUCGACAUUUUGACAUAGAUUUAAACCCACAAAAUCUAUCAACAUAGUCACGUCUAUCGUUGAUAAAUUCCCCGAACUGGCCUUUUGAAAAUCAUUUUUCAGCACCAACUUCAUUUGUUACUGCCAAUAAAUUUUUUUAUCCACUUUUGAUAAUUGUUUCAAGUAUAACCCCCUCGAUUUGUUUUGGUUGACCCUCUCGCACUUCGAGAGGCUAGAAUAACUCAAUAGCGCUGUUAGUAGUCGCAAGGAGAACUUGAUUCCGGUGAGUUGACGUCAUGACCCCAAAAAAAUGUUCAAAAUUGAUGCAUUUUUAAUCAGUUAUUACAAAUUAUACAGACCACUUUUCGGAAAACUUUUUACUCUGGAAUGGUUCAUGUACUACAAAUAUUCUAAUUUUUAACGUUAUUUAUUGCAAGAAACAUACAUUCUUACAAAUGGCCAUUGCCCGAGGGCCUUCAGCCUGGAAUACACUUCUUUUGUACAGUAUCAAAUUAUCUCUAUCAGGAAUUGUGUACAUGUGGUUCAAUGUUGAUGAUAGUUAGACGUGAGGAAAAGAGAGAAAGCAAAUACUCUAUUUAUUUGAAAAUAUUUAAAAACUGCACUCCAUGCAAGUUCCCUAUUCUUUAUCACUACAUUAUCAAUCUCUCAUCUUUUUCCACUUGAGAAAAUCCUCAAUGAAGUAACACAAAGAAAUGAAUUUCGACCAGCAAAAUCGUUUUAAGACAGUAGAAUAGCCAAAGUCGUGACCUUAGACCUGGAAAUAACUUUUCAUACGUGAUAACAGAAUCGAAUCCAAGUAACUUCGUAUUUGUGGACAUCCCCAGGUAGUCACCACACUCAAGUUGAGCAGAAUAGGGUCACUGCACCCAGAGAAAAUUGAUUUCAAUAAAAUCAAUGAAUGUAUACAUCAACGAAUCCAAUAAAUUCAAUUCAAACUGCUGUAUAUAUUAUCCAACUUAUUAAAUAUUUAAAUUGGCAAAAUCAGUGUUUCAAAUUUUUAUUGUGCUUUCUCGUGAAAGAAGAAACUCAUUAUUUUGAUUGCAGUCGAGAUUUACAGGUAGUAAAUACCUUUAGAAGCCUUGUUGAUGAAAAAUUCACUGAAAAAUGACAAAACGAGGAAACAUUUUAAGGAAAAUUGCGCUGAAUAUCCAAAAUUAGUGACAAAUCGUUUGCACGUGCUCAUGAAAAAUGCUUCGUACACAUGGGCAUUAGUAAUUGGAUCAUGGAUGUCCAUAAAUAACACAAUUAAUUGAACAAAAAGGAAGGGAUGAAAUUAAAAUUCUGUAACCGAGCCGUAAUUUAUCCACGUUAUUCAAUAAAUCUAUCGAUACAACGUAACUCUAACAUUUAGAUUUAACCAAUUCCAUAGACUGGAACGAUUUAUAAUUUACCAUGUAAGUUAA